AUGUCAUUCUACAUUCACAAUCAGCACUCCAUGUCCAACCAGAUGCCCAUAGCCAAGCCCCAUUUCUGUAACGACAUUGUCAUGGAAGAAGCACUUCCUGUAGCAAGCCCUACCACUCGUCAACCUACAGCACCAGAUCCUAUUUACAACUUGGAUACUCUUUCAAUGCAGCUGACUGUGGCUCGUCCAAAGAAUCCAUUUGAAACGACAGGCAACAAAGUAGAUUUCCUUGCACGACUUCCCUAUGAGCUUGGAUGCCGCAUCUUGUCACUCCUUGAUCUCAAUAGCUUGAUGGCUGUAUCUCGCGUGAGUCGUCAUUGGCGAACGAUUUACCACGACAAUGAACUAUGGCGUGCACGCAUGGCUGAGCAACAAUGGAUCGUGCAAUCAGAUGAAAAUAUGGAUGAACGACGCAUGGAUUGGCAUUACCUUUACAAGCAAAAGCAUCAACUUAUUCACCGCUGGCAAACCGGUCAAGUCACUACUCACACAUUAAUGGCACAUCAAAGUGGCGUGUAUUGCAUGCAAUUCGAUAAUCACAAGAUGAUCACCGGCAGCCGUGAUCGCACUAUCAAGUUUUGGGAUAUGGCUACGUAUCAAUGCAUUGGAUCACUCAAGGGUCAUACGGGCAGUGUCCUUUGUCUCAAGUAUGACGAUCAAGUCCUCAUUUCGGGAUCCUCCGAUGCCACCGUCAUUGUCUGGGAUAUCCAACGCUGUCAACCCUUACGUCAACUACAGGGACAUACCAGCGGCGUGUUUGACAUUUGCUACAACAACCAAUACAUUGUAAGCGCAUCCAAGGAUACCACCAUCCGGAUAUGGGAUUUCAAUACAGGUGCUCUUGUACGCGUCAUCCAAGGUCACAGUGGUCCUGUCAAUAGCAUCCAACUCUUUGGUAAUCAUCUCGUCUCCGGUUCCGGUGAUGGUACAAUCAUGAUGUGGGAUAUCACCACCGGUGCAUGCAUUCGUCAAUAUCUUGGCCAUGAACAUGGUGUCACUUGCAUACGCUUUGAUGGCAAACGCAUUGUCAGUGGAUCCAAUGACCAAACCGUUCGCGUAUGGGAUGCAGAGACCGGUGUAUGUACCAUGGUUCUUUGUGGCCAUACAGGCCUUGUUCGAGCACUCCAAUUUGAUGAUGAAAAGAUUGUAAGCUCAGGCUAUGACCAAACCGUUCGUGUGUGGAGCAUAAGAACCGGUGAAUGUCUUUUGAGCUUCGAAUCAGCCGCUCAAGCAAGUUGGAUCUUUGAUGUCAAGUUUGAUAAGAGCAAAAUCAUAGCUGCACGUCAAGAUAACACGGUCAUGGUAAUGGACUUUGGACAUGGCUUGGAUACCCGAUUGCUCGUUUGA